AUGGACACAAGUGACUCCUCCGACAACGAAUCGCGGGUGGCUAUGGCAGCCUUUCGCCCAGCCAAGCGACAAAGGCUUGGGGACGGCUCGCCAGCAUCAUCUGCUGCUGUGCACGACCAUUAUCACGACCAUGACGAUGGCCCCGAGCGAGAGCUGGAGGUAGAGCCAGAGCCAGAGCCAGAACCCGAGGCCGAAGUCGAAGCCGAAGUCGAAGCUGAAGCCGACCCUGAACCAGAUCCGCUCGAUGGCAUGUCGGACGUUUCAGAGGACACCGAAGGUGAUAUCCCGAGUUCGCCUAUUAAUGCGCGUCUCGACGAAGAGGAUUUCCAGGAACAAGUCACCACUUGCGCUUGGGAUGGGUGCGAAGCAGGCGACUUUGGUAACAUGGAUCGAUUGGUAGAACAUAUCCACAAUGUGCACAUUGAGAGCAGACAGAAGAAAUACACUUGCGAAUGGCUAGGGUGCUCCAGAAAGAGCAUGGCCCAUGCAAGUGGCUAUGCUUUGAAGGCUCAUAUGAGGAGCCAUACUCGGGAGAAACCUUUUCAUUGUUACCUUCCAGAAUGUGACAGGGCGUUUACUAGGUCAGAUGCCUUGGCGAAGCACAUGCGCACUGUUCACGAAACUGAGGCUCUCCGCCCUUCCGAUCCAGUCCCCAAAUCAAUGCAGUCCGGCACUACAGGAAAAAGCAAGCUCAAGAUCAUUAUAAAGACACCACAAUCCCAUGCGGCGGGCCAAGACGACUCUAUCAACGGAGGAGGGGAUGACGGCGAGCUCUCGGCAGACCUUUUCACACCACUCACGCAGGAACAAGGCUUCACGCCGGAGGAGCUGGACAUGCCCCUCGAGAAACUUUACAAACUGUGUCGAUUUCAAGUCCGUUGGGCUGAGGAAGAGGGCAAAAAGCUGCAAGAUGAAGUAAAACGCCUGGAGGCCAUAUAUGAGCGCGAAUGGCGGGAGAAGGAGGUCCUGCUUUUUCAAGUCAUCCAGAGCGAGGCUGAUUGGAACGAGCGAUGGCAGGCCGUUCGCUCAGGGGCAGCAGAUGUCAGGCUGUCCAGUGUUCUCGACACCCAGGAAACCGCCGGUGCCUCCUCCACUCCUGGGGCCGAAUCGAGCCAGAAGCCAGAGGCAACCACCACCGUCGCCAAUGGCGCGAGUCCUGCACCCUCAAGCUGA